AUGGCCCCCCACCGCUCCCGCAUCCGCAAUGACCCAGCCGUGGUGGAGUUCUGGAAUGUGCACCAUGUUAAUUUCGGGCCGUUCAUGGCCUACGACGCUGCGAGGUGCAGUACGCCGUCGUGCAAAGACGUCUACGCCCUCUACGGCUACAUUCUCGGGUGCCAGCCCGUGACGCCAGGGAGGUCGGGCUACGAGGCGAUGGAGGACACGAUGAGCAAGAAGGCAUGCGCUCCCGCCGACAUCAGCUGCAGAUCACCGAUGUGGUACUCGUUGCCGGGCCCCUGCCCGCUGAAGAAGAUCAGCGCGGACACGGUAAAAGCCCAGACAAAG